AUGACGGAGUAUGCCACUGACCCAGAGACGAUCCAGGAGUUCGUUCAUGCGCGCAACCGCACCGCGAACUGGGUGACCGUCCACUCAACUGGACUCCAGUUUGUCACACCCUCUGCGCCGCCGUCGAUGUACAGCGACGAAGAUGCACCAAGCUAUGGGCCCUCCGACUCCGAAGCCUCCAGCCACUCUGUCCCGCCCCGCAUGCUCCUCCGCUACAACGACGGCCGGCCAGACAUCCCCAUCUCCAACGACUCAGCGAGCGGAAGCCGUGGCAGAAGCGGACCCUCUCGCCACUCGCGGUCUCGGUCUGGUUCUCUUUCUCCCACCUCACCCGCCGACCAGCGCAUGCCGCCCCACCACGCCCAGUCUCUCUCCUACGCCUCUGGCUCCCGCUACGCUGCCGCCGCGGAGACGCACCUGCAGGCGACACCAGAAAACAUCCGCAUUCUGCCCUCUGCGUCACGGGCGCCCGAAGACCCCCGCCGAGCGCGGGCGUCAAGCACAUCGCCGCAGGGUGCCUUCCCACCGCACCAGCCCUCGGUGCACGAUAGAGUUCCCGCCCUCGCAGAUCCCUUCCACCCCUCGAAUCGUGCGGUGCACCCGCACGCCCACGCGCCCUCGUCCCGCUCGCGCGCCCAUCCCCAGCCCAUCCCCAUCCCCGCCUCCCCGCCCUCCAUGCACCCCCACUCCCAGUCGGUACCGCACAGCAGCGGCUCGCGCUUCUACGAGGCUCCCAGCAUCGCCGCGACCCACACCCCGCACGCGCCCCAGCCAGGCCUCCCGUACACGUACGCGCCCCCUGCGAUCGUCUACGCCCCGUCCGGACGGAAGCACCGGUCGAAUUACCAGCCUCCCGCUAUUGUCUACUCGCCUUCUUCGCACGCCCAUCGUCGCGCGCCCGGAAUGGCUUACAGCCGCUCCGACCCCACUCCGCAGCCGAACCCGUACGGAUACUCUCCAGAGGCUUCCGCGGGCCAUGCGCCAUAUCCGUCCGCGCACGGGUCGUCCCAGCGCCAGCGCCAUCAGUCCAUGGGCGCAACGAUGGGGCGGGAACGCGAGCCCCCGCGCGGACGCAGCUACACGCCCGGCCGCGACCGCUCGCGGACGCGCGACACGACUCCCGCGCUGAGCGAGAGCGAGACCUCGAGCGACGACUCGGGGAGCACGUACUACGUCCUCCCGUCCCCCGGCCAGAAAGUGCAGAUCAUCGUACCGAACGCGGCGUCGAUAUACGCGAGCACGCCGUCGCCGCCAAAGUCGCGCCCCCCGCCGCGCUCGGGGCGGGUCUCGCCCACGUCGCCCACGUCCUCCGCGAGCUCCGCGAAGCGGCCGUUCUUCCAGCGGCUCUUCUUCCGCAACUCGGGCUCGGGCUCGCUGGAGUCGCGCGGCUCGAGCGGUCAGGGUAAGCGUCUCCGCGGUCGGAUCCCGGUGCCCUGGCGGUCGUGA